AUGGCCAUGCAAACCGGCCCCGGUGGAAAAGUCGACCGCCAAACCACCACCCCCUUCCACCUCAAGCUCUUCUACCGCACCGGCUCCUUCCACAGCCUAACCGACUUCCCCACCGCCACCCCCACCGGCCUGCCCCCGCUGCCCCCCCACCUCCAAAUCUACACCUGGCCCACCUGCACCCUGCGCGAACUGUCCCACCUGCUCGUCACCGCGCUGCCCACCCUGCUCCCGUCGCCCGCGAUCGGCACCCGCCUCGCCUACCGGCUCGUGUACCCGGACACGCACAACAACAGCAACAACAACAACAACGCGACGACGACGACGACGAUGGCGCCGGGGCGGUAUCUGAGCAAAGAGCUCGGGGACGUGGUGGUGGGGGAUGAAGGCGCGGAAGAAGGGCCAGGGCGGGGAAGGAGGGAGGAAGAAAGAGAAGGAGGAGGAGGAGGAGGGGGAGAAGGGGGGGAGAAAGUGGUACGGGAGGGCGUGAUGGCCGGACGACUGGGCGGGGAGCCGGACAAGACGCUGCAGGAGGCGCGGUUCGUGAUUGGGGAUUUCAUCUCGUGCGCCAUCUUCCCGCCGGGCGCGGACGGGAGCGUGGCGCCGGGCCACAACAGCGCGGGGCGGGGCCGGGGGGGCCGGGGGGAGUUUGGGGGAGAGGGGGCGGGGAGUUUCGGGGGAGGGGGAGGGGGGGUUCGGCGGGGCGGGGAGGGUGGGGGAUGGCGGGUUGCCGCAGGGGGAGUGGAGGAGGGGGGAGAGGGUGCCGGAGGGGAGGGGGGGGUAUGGGAGGGGGAGGGGGAGGGGGGGGUAUUGAUUGAGUGUGCAGGGGUUUUGUGCGGGAGGGUGGAGAACGGUGUUGUUGUGCAGACUUCUCGGCUGCGGUGA